UAAAGACUGAAAACUAAGUGAGGAGAUGAAGGAUUGCACUGUACUACACCAGAGAAUACAGAGACAAUAGGCAGCACAGAUCCUGACCAUCAUCGAAAGAACAAUUGUACAACUGUGGGAAGACAUCCAAUCCCUUUACAGCAUUGCUCAACACAGAGGAGUUCGGGCAUUGAAACCAUCAUCUGGAAAUCAGUCAGAUCAGAGGAGCUUUGACAUAUCAUCAGACCUGAAACUGGUCAGUGGUGUCGAGCUUUCCAUCAGAACCAACCUUCCUGAAGGUUCAGCUAUGGGUGUCGGUCAGGGUGAGGCUGGAAAAAAAUGAGUGGCUCCAAAUGUGGUGAGAGCUUCAAUCAUUCAUCAAGCUUCUUGAACGAGUAAUUCUUUCCUGUAGGUGAAAGACUGUUCAAGAAUUAGGAGUAUUCCACAGAUUCAUGAUGUAUCCUAACACAUUUCAGUUGUCCAUGAGCUGAGCAGCAACAUGGAAGGAAAACGAUUUGAGUGUGAAUUUUGUGACCGAGCUUUUAUACACUUAUCGAGGUUGGUGAGUCACCAACGCAUUCAUACUGGGGAGAAACCAUUCAAAUGCGAGAUUUGUGACCAAGCUUUUGCACACUCAUCAACACUCGUAAAUCACCGACGGAUUCACACUGGGGAGAAACCAUUUAAAUGUGAAGUGUGUAACAAGUCAUUCUCACGGUCAUCAACCUUCCUCACACACAAGUACAUUCAUACAGGAGAGAAACCAUUCACAUGUGAGGUGUGUAUCAAAUCUUUCUCUGAUUUAUCAACCCUUCGUGCUCACCAACGUACUCAUAACAGGGAGAAGUUGUUCACGUGUGAAAUAUGUGACAAAGCCUUCACACAGUCAUCAAACCUCCUGCGCCAUCAGACAAUUCACACAGGGGAGAAACCCUUCAAGUGUGAGGUUUGUGGUAAAACUUUCCCGACAUCUACCAGGCUUCUAAUGCAUCACAGGAUUCACACAGGAGAGAAACACUUCAGGUGUGAGGUUUGUGAGAUGGCUUUCACUCAAUAUUCACAUCUCCUGAUGCACCAAAGAAUUCACACAGGGGAGAAGCCUUUUAAAUGUGAAGUAUGUGCUCGAGCCUUCACACAGCCAUCGACACUCAUGCAACACCGACGUAUCCAUACAGGGGAGAAACCAUUCACCUGUCAUCUGUGCAAUAAAUCAUUUUCAAGGUCAUCAACCCUCCGUAACCACCAACGCACUCACACAAGGGAGAAACCAUUCACAUGUGAGCUGUGUGACAAAGCCUACAGACACUUGUCAACACUCCUGGCCCAUCAGAGGAGCCACACUUGAACUGGGGGGGUUUGCACUAAUGUUCUCUCUGAAUCUUCAAUCCUGCUGAACAUCAUGGAAUUCCCGCAGGAGAAAAGGCAUCCGGGUGUAAGAGUGUAUGUCAAAGCUAAAAAUGUGUUGCUGGUUAAAGCACAGCAGGUCAGGCAGCAUCCAAGGAACAGGAAAUUCGACGUUUCGGGCCAGAGCCCUUCAUCAGGAAUGAGGAGAGGGUGCCAGGCAGG